GAAUGUGGAGAACUGGAGGUUGGGGAUCUAAUUACCGGGCCAUAAUUGGGGGCUGGGGAAUAGGUUGCCGUCCUCUCAACUCGCUGCAGAUCAAUUAUGUUAAGAGAACAUCUGUAAGUAGAGCUUAAUGAGGUCCAUUAGAGCAACAUGCGCUGCCUUCCCUAACGGUGCUUGUCAGCUUCUUGGAUGAGCUGGAGUGUGCUGCUGACUGGGGACCUGGUGGAGGGGCUUAAAUAGGAGAGGAGGCUCGACUCCCCGCCGCUUGUUUCCAACCAGAGAACCAGAGAGACGCACGGAAAGGCGGGUAGGAGGAAGAAGGUGAGGAACAGCAACAAAAAGGGGGACGAGAAGAGACGACCUGUGUGCUGGGACGCGUGUCGGAGCCGAGUUAAAGGUGAUCCCGAAAACUCAAGACUGAGAAGUUCUCUUAACUCUCGCCAAGUUUCCGUAAGAUCUGGAGUCUGAGAAAAGUUGCCUUGUGGACACUUUUAAAAGAAGAAGAACAACACAGCUGCAGCGACCAGGAUAAUUUGUUUUGGAGCAUCCCUGGCUGUACUUAAAGCCACUCUCUGUGAAACAUUGGGGACGCCCGGCCUGAGCCCCGCACUCUCGGCUGAACACCUGUAGCUGGGCACUCUUCCACAUACUGGGCGCCUUGAUCCACGUGGAGCUCAUUAUUUCCAUCCCGAAGAUCAGUGCUGCUCGAUGUCAGUUUGGUGAACUUUUAUUCUCUUCAGAGGAGCUGAAUCCGCUGCUGGAAGAGUUCAGUUUUGCUUAACUUGUUUAGAAAGUCUUAAGUGUUUAUGUGUGAUGAAUACAUGAAUAUUGUACUUAUACCACCUGCUGCUUAAAGACCGAGGAGCACAAUGAAAACAAGUAUACAAAUGCUCUCCGUCCAGCCGGACACCAAGCCAAAAGGCUGUGCCGGCUGCAACCGGAAGAUCAAGGACCGCUACCUGCUGAAGGCCCUCGAUAAGUACUGGCACGAGGACUGCCUCAAGUGCGCCUGCUGUGACUGCAGGCUGGGCGAGGUGGGCUCCACGCUCUACACCAAAGCCAACCUCAUCCUGUGCCGGAGAGACUACCUACGGUUAUUUGGUGUAACGGGGAACUGUGCAGCCUGCAGCAAGCUAAUUCCAGCCUUCGAGAUGGUCAUGAGGGCCAAGGAGAACGUCUACCACCUGGACUGCUUCGCAUGCCAGCUCUGCAAUCAGAGGUUUUGUGUGGGAGACAAGUUUUUCCUGAAGAACAACAUGAUCCUGUGCCAGACAGACUACGAGGAAGGGCUGAUGAAGGAGGGCUACGCUCCCCAGGUCCGCUGACCCUCGCAGGCCAACAAGAAGGAAGAGGAGGAGGGAGAGGAGUGGGAGAACGAGAGAGACUGAAGGAGAGCUUGCAAUCACACAACAAAAAGCUCUAUUGCCUCCUGUCCAGCUCCUGUCCCCCACAUGUACAUAGCUAAGCAAGCUUCCCUGAGAGGGGAGGGGACACACUCCGCUGUACAGAAUAGCCAUAGAGACGCCAGUGUGGUGGGGAAAGGCCCUGGAAGCCUACAACAAACUACAAGUAUGAAAAAAAUAGUGUGGCCAUUUUUUUUUGUGACGGAUGCUGCCUCUUUCCUCCUGGCCAACAAACACCAGCCUCAGAGCAAUUUCUAACAGCUGAUCCCAGUUGUUGGAAAGCAAAAAAACAAACAUUUUAACCAACCCUAAAGCAGUUGUGUCUCUUCUUAUCUGACAACUUCUACUUGAAUCUAAAAUACAAUGAGGUAAUGUCAAUCAAUGUUACUUUGAGAUAAAGACCUUUUUACUGUAUGAUAUCAGAUUUGAAACACAGUGAAUGUAAACGGAAAGGGGCAAAAAUAAGACUGACUCAUUUGUUGCUUGGUAUGUAUGGUUGUGUGUGUCUGUGUGUGAGCAUGUUGGGAAUUUAUCAGUCAUGCAGUCUUGCGAGGCUAAGUCUGGUCCAUAUAGUUCCUUCAGAUCCUUAAGAUUUCAAAACCUAUCAUAAGAGUAAGACAUGCAAUCCAAUCACACAUUUGCUAUGGCUCACACGCACAAAAUCUGAGUUUUUGAAAUAAUCAAUGGGUUUCUCUAGAUGGAGGAAUCUCAUACAGAAUCACGACAUAAAUAUAUAUUCCAUAAUGUCAAUAAAAGCCAGGUCACCCUUGAAGACUACUUUCACAGAGGAACGUAAUUGGUUAUUUUGAAUAUCAAUGAAAAGACCUUUGCUGGUCAAAGUGAGCCGCAUUUGAGGGCAUUUAAACUGCAGUGGUCAGUGUUUGUCUUUUGAAACAAUGAAUAAAAUUGUGUUUAAUGUGAAAAGCAUUUCUGUAGUGAUGAGGGCCCAGAAAAUCCUCACCUAUCUUCAGUUCUUCUCAAAUGAUUAGCCUGCCCAGCACCAAACACUAUUCAAAGUUAGCAACUAGUUGUUAGCGUGGAUCAUAUUGCAGCUACAGAGAGAGAUAUUUAUCUGAGCGGGUAGAGGAGAUCAAAACAGAGCUAAAAAGAAAAUAUUGGAUUUUCAUUUAACUGUUGUUUUUUGCAGGUUAAUGCAACAUUUGUUAACCUGCUAAAAAUGCUUGAUCUUUUGAUAUUGCAAUCAUUAAACAGCCGUGCAGGUAAGCUGGAUGUGUAAACAGGCAACAACAUCAGAUUAAAUAAAUAGCUAAAGCGGAAUUAAACAUAUGGACCAGACUUAAUGCCUACAGACAACCGCGUGGUUGUGCAAGACUAUGUUUCGUAUAUUGACAAGAGUCUAGGUUCGAUUCCUGAAAUGCAUUCCACCAGAGCCCCUUUCAGCCGUGAUCCGGCAGCCCGGGGUUUGAACUCUUAACUCCAGGCUUAGUUCUGAAAGACGGCUGUAUAAAUUUUUUGCUGGAGACGGUCUUUCUAUUUAUCCAAACCUUGCUUUCAUACUGCUCAAACAGAAAAUGUGAGGAAAUGCUGGUGGAGGCAGGUUGUUGUAGCGUUUGUAGGGUUGUAAGGAUUGGUCGGGGAUGGUGGGGGUUGGGUACUUUUUGUACACUAUUUAUUUGAUAAACAUUCAGUGCAUCACCUGUUGUCCAAAAUUUGACAUUGUUUGACAUGCUGAUACUUGAAUCCAAUCGAUCAUUUGUCAAUCACUGUUGGUUUUAUGUCGAGGAUGGCUGUGUCAUUUCCAACACAGCCAGUUAACUGCACUCUGCGGCGGGUCGGUCACCUUCAGAUCUGGUCAUCUAAGUCUCAGUGACUCCCUGCUGCAGGGGAGUUACAUCCAAUAUUAAAUUGAAGCAGGUGCAACAGAGCUCAGCACCAUUUCUAGCUGGAAAAAACCUUCUUUACUUUGUAAAUUGUGGGUGUACAUAAAAUAAAUAUUCAUUUUUGCUUGCUA